CAUCAGCCGCUCUGUCUGUCGGUGAACCAGUGCAACAGCAACAGCAGCAGCAGCAGCAGUAGGAGCAUGGGCAGAGGCAGAGCAGCAGCAGCAGCAGAGUUCAGGACUUAGAUACACACACACAGAGUAGAGCAGUAAACAGCUGUGGACUGUGUGCUCAGCAGCAUCCAGGUGUUUCAGUGUGAACAAAGUACAAGGUCCUCGCACACAAACACACGCACACACACAGUGCUGCUGCAGCAGCUCUCUCUCCACUUCAGCCCUUUCACAUCACCCACAUGUGCCUCUUUUCCUUACACUUCCCUUUUUUAUCCUAAGCUGCUUUGGUUUUUGCACUCAACAUGUCGUGUCUUUUACUGGGAGUCAUACGGAGGAAAGGUGGCGUCGGGGCAAAUGUCAAGGUUCGGGCCCUGUCCUCGCUGUCCUCGCUGCCCUCUGCAGUGGCCGAGUUUGUGAAGGGAGCGGUGGACGAGUGUAAGCCCUCUGGCGUCCAUGUGGUCACGGGGACAGCAGAGGAAACAGCCAACAUCCUGGCAGGUCUGGAGAGGGAUGGGAUGGUCAAGAAGCUUCCUAAAUAUGAAAACUGUUGGUUGGCACGUACAGACCCUAAGGACGUGGCUCGGGUGGAGAGCAAGACUGUCAUUGUGACCAAGAACCAAAGGGACACCAUCCCCAUCCCCGCUGACGGCGUGAAGAGCCAGUUAGGCAGCUGGAUGAGCGAGUCAGACUGGCAGAAUGCCAGAAAGGAGCGUUUUCCUGGCUGCAUGGCAGGUCGGACCAUGUUCGUGAUUCCCUUCAGUAUGGGUCCCGUAGGCUCCAAUCUAAGUAAAUAUGGUGUCCAGGUGACGGACUCGCCGUACGUGGUGGCCAGUAUGGGGAUCAUGACACGUAUGGGAACACCGGUCCUCAACAAACUGGCCGAGGGAGUGGACUUUGUCCGCUGUCAGCACUCUCUCGGGCGACCUCUUCCCCUAAAAGCCCCUUUGGUCAACUCCUGGCCCUGUAACCCAGAAAAGGUGCUGGUAUCUCACCUGCCCGACACCAGGCAGAUUCUGUCCUUUGGUAGUGGAUACGGAGGAAACUCUCUGCUGGGGAAGAAGUGUUUUGCCCUCCGCAUCGCCUCCAGCAUCGCAAGGGAUGAGGGUUGGCUGGCAGAGCACAUGCUGAUCCUGGGUAUCACCAACCCUCAGGGAGUGAAGCGUUACAUAGCAGCAGCUUUCCCCAGCGCCUGUGGUAAAACCAACUUGGCAAUGAUGAAACCGUCUUUACCCGGCUGGAAGGUUGAGUGUGUGGGAGACGACAUCGCAUGGAUGAAGUUUGACAGCCAAGGGAAACUGAGGGCCAUCAACCCAGAGAACGGUUUCUUCGGUGUAGCUCCAGGCACCUCAGACAAGACCAAUCCCUUCGCCAUGGCCACCAUAGCCAAAAACACUGUGUUCACCAAUGUUGGUGAAACCAGUGAUGGAGGAGUGUGGUGGGAAGGACUGGACCCUCCUGCAGGUGUCACAUUCACAGACUGGCACGGCAAAUCCUGGAAGCCAGGAAGCUCGACUCCCUGUGCACACGCCAACUCCCGCUUCUGUACUCCGGCCGCUCAGUGUCCUAUCAUUGACCCACAGUGGGAGAGCGAGGAGGGCGUUCCCAUCGACGCUAUCAUCUUCGGAGGCAGGAGGCCAGAAGGAGUCCCUCUGGUCUACGAGACCUUCAACUGGCAGCAUGGAGUUUUUGUUGGGGCUGCAAUGAGGUCUGAGGCCACUGCAGCUGCUGAGCAUAAAGGCAAGACAAUCAUGCAUGACCCCUUCGCCAUGCGACCGUUCUUCGGCUACAACUUUGGCGACUACCUCGCUCACUGGCUGAGCAUGCAGAGCCGAAAGGCGCCCACUCAGCUGCCCAAGAUCUUCCACGUCAACUGGUUCAGAAAGGACCCGAGCAGCGGCGCCUUCCUCUGGCCGGGCUUUGGCGAAAACUCCCGUGUCCUGGAGUGGGUGUUCAGGCGCUGCAGCCGGGAGAGGGAGGAUGAAGCUGCCAGGAAGAGUAUUAUCGGUUGGCUGCCAGAAGAUGGUGCCAUCAACACUGAAGGCCUGGGCAGCGGUGUGGAUAUGGGUGCGUUGUUCGAUGUGCCCAAAGCUUUCUGGCAGAAGGAGACCAAAGAGUUGAGAGCCUACUUCACUCAGCAAGUCGGAGCUGAUCUGCCCCCGCAGGUGGAGGCUGAGCUGAAGGCUCUGGAGGACAGAGUGCACAAGUAAAUCCAUUGUGACAACACAAACAAGGCGGUCGUUCCCCGUGAGGCAGGAUCACAUCAUUACGGUGCAAUCGGAGUCGCUGCCUGGGUUUACAAACAGAGAAUGAAGAUCUGGUUAGUUAGGUUAAUCCAGUUUCUAUGAUGCAUAAAAAGAUAAAAAAAAGUUUGGUUGACGUGUUUGGCUGAGACCUUGCCGUGGCGCAGAAACAUCCCAUGUGUCUCUCAGCAGAGGGCAUGAAAGGAUGUGCCAAAAAAAAUAAUUUACAUGAGUAAUACUUGUUACUGGCAGACUGAUGAGAUUAUCUGAACAAAGGGUUUGUUUACGGGUUCUCUUUGGAAAAAAAAGAAAAACGACGAGUAUUAGAAUUUCUCUGCAAAUGAAAACCCAGUCAGUGAUUAUUUUUUAUCAGAUAAGAAUGAAAUGACAGAGGUGGAAUUGAGGGAGACGUUAAUUUACAAUGCAAUACCUUCACUUUAUCACACUAAUGCUUCAACACUGACAGAAUGGUGCUAGGUUGGUGGUGGCAGGGAGGUUUAAUUUAACGUGCAGGUUGGAUUCCUGGAGGUUAAAGGAGCCAGUGUCACUCCCUCCAUUCACCUACAAAACCUGUCAUUGUGCUGGAGCUCAAUCAUUACGACCUAGUCGUGCCUUAUUGGAUGUUAAAAAAUAAGGUCCUUUUUUAAGACAAUAUUUUGACCAAGGAAAGUAAACUUCUAACAUUUCUAACACUUUUAGAUGCCCUUUUUAUUUUAAAUGAAGCCUGUAAACUUUAAAUUAAGUCUGUAAACUACUCAGACUCGGGAUUACUAUGCAGGCGAUAUUUAGACAUAAAAUGUUCUGCAAUGGACCAAAAAAAGGUGAAUGUGAAAGUGUGACUAUAUUGUUGAAUACCAAGGUUUUUAUUACAGUGCAAUGAAUAAAUAUUUUAAAACAGA